AUGUUGAAAUGUUCUCAACUUUUCGCCGACAGUGGGCUUGGCUCCAGUCUAUCAAGCUACUCUGAAGAGAGCUCCGUCGACGAUUCUGCGGAGAAAGAGAGUCACUCUGCAUCUCGAGGUUCCAAGGAGAGCGGGGAGACGGAAAUCAAAGUAGUGCUGGGAUCCAGAGAUGAUGACGAUUCUGCGGAGAAAGAGAGUCGAUCUGCAUCUCGAGACUCUGCGGAGAACGAGAGUGGGCCGGAUACUAAAGAUUCUGCGGAGAAAGAGAGUCGAUCUGCAUCUCGAGAAUCUGCAGAGAAAGAGAGUCACUCUGCAUCUAGAGAUUCCAAAGAAAGUGCGGAGAGGAAAAUCAAAGUGAUCGUAUCGAGAGAAGAUGAUGACUCUGCGGAGAACGAGAGUGGGCCGGAUACUAAAGAUUCUGCGGAGAAAGAGAGUCGAUCUGCAUCUCGAGAAUCUGCAGAGAAAGAGAGUCACUCUGCAUCUAGAGAUUCCAAAGAAAGUGCGGAGAGGAAAAUCAAAGUGAUCGUAUCGAGAGAAGAUGAUGACUCUGCCGAGAACGAGAGUGGGCCGGAUACUAAAGAUUCUGCGGAGAAAGAGAGUCGAUCUGCAUCUCGAGAAUCAGCAGAGAAAGAGAGUCACUCUGCAUCUAGAGAUUCCAAAGAAAGUGCGGAGAGGAAAAUCAAAGUGAUCGUAUCGAGAGAAGAUGAUGACUCUGCGGAGAACGAGAGUGGGCCGGAUACUAAAGAUUCUGCGGAGAAAGAGAGUCGAUCUGCAUCUCGAGAAUCAGCAGAGAAAGAGAGUCACUCUGCAUCUAGAGAUUCCAAAGAAAGUGCGGAGAGGAAAAUCAAAGUGAUCGUAUCGAGAGAAGAUGAUGAUUCGGCAGAGAAUGGAGAGAGGAACGGGAACAGCAACAACUCCGAUUCUGACGAAAGUGUGGAAGGGCAAGUCAAAGGGGUAACAUCCAGAGGCGAUGAUGAUUCCAAAGAAAGCGAGGAGGAGAAAAGCAAAAUGGUUGGAUCCAAAGAAGAUGAUGAUUCCAAAGAAAGUGCGGAGAGGAAAAUCAAAGUGAUCGUAUCGAGAGAAGAUGAUGAUUCUGCGGAGAAAGAGAGUCGAUCUGCAUCUCGAGAUUCCAAAGAAAGUGUCGAGAGGAAAAUCGAGAUGAGUGUAUCGCGAGAAGAUGAUGACUCUGCGGAGAACGAGAGUGGGCCGGAUACUAAAGAUUCUGCGGAGAAAGAGAGUCGAUCUGCAUCUCGAGAGUCCAGAGGAAGUGCCGAGAGGAAAAUCAAAGUGAUCGUAUCGAGAGAAGAUGAUGACUCUGCGGAGAACGAGAGUGGGCCGGAUACUAAAGAUUCUGCGGAGAAAGAGAGUCGAUCUGCAUCUCGAGACUCAGUGGAGAACGAGAGUGGCCCGGAUACUACAGAUUCUGCAGAAAAAGACAGUCACUCGGCAGCCCGAGAUUCCAAGGAGAGCAGAGAGAGGACAAUGCGAGUGUCUGAAUCCAGAGAAGAUUCCAGAGAAAGUGCGGAGAGGAAAAUCAAAGUGAUCGUAUCGAGAGAAGAUGAUGACUCUGCAGAGAACGAGAGUGGGCCGGAUACUAAAGAUUCUGCGGAGAAAGAGAGUCGAUCUGCAUCUCGAGACUCUGCGGAGAACGAGAGUGGCCCAGAUACUAAAGAUUCUGCUGAGAAAGACAGUCACUCUGCAACUCACGAUUCCAGUGAGAGUGCUGAAGAGAUACGGAAGCUGAUUUCAUCGGGAGGAGAUGAUGACUCUGCCGAGAACGAGAGUGGGCCGGAUACUAAAGAUUCUGCGGAGAAAGAGAGUCGAUCUGCAUCUCGAGAUUCCAAGGAGAGCGGGGAGACGGAAAUCAAAGUAGUGCUGGGAUCCAGAGAUGAUGACGACUCAGCGGAGAACGAGAGUGGGCCCGAUACUAAAGAUUCCAAGGAGAGCGGGGAGACGGAAAUCAAAGUAGUGCUGGGAUCCAGAGAUGAUGACGACUCAGCGGAGAACGAGAGUGGGCCCAAUACUAAAGAUUCCAAGGAGAGCGGGGAGACGGAAAUCAAAGUAGUGCUGGGAUCCAGAGAUGAUGACGACUCAGCGGAGAACGAGAGUGGGCCCGAUACUAAAGAUUCCAAGGAGAGCGGGGAGAUGGAAAUCAAAGUAGUGCUGGGAUCCAGAGAUGAUGACGACUCAGCGGAGAACGAGAGUGGGCACGAUACUAAAGAUUCCAAGGAGAGCGGGGAGACGGAAAUCAAAGUAGCGCUGGGAUCCAGAGAUGAUGACGACUCAGCGGAGAACGAGAGUGGGCCCGAUACUAAAGAUUCUGCAGAAAAAGAGAGUCACUCUGCUGCUCGAGACUCCACGGAGAACGAGAGUGGGCCGGAUACUAAAGAUUCGGCUGAGAAAGAGUCUCACUCUGCAGAAAGAGGUCCCUUCCUUGGGAAGCAGAAAUCCGACUGCGUCGUGAAGAGGCCCAGACGAUCAAUUCGGGAAUUUUAUGAGAGACACCGCGAGCAUUACAAGACACCUUCGGAGCGUCGCAAAGGACUAUGCGAGUCCUUCUCCCCAUGCCACCACCUGGCCAACACGGUUGGAUACCAGAACGCCUAUCAACAGUACUUUGGAAACCUUUAUCAAUAGACUGGAGCCCAAAUAUCAGUAACGUCGCAGUACUUCAUAUCACACACAAUGCCUAACGUAGUGGAUUAGACCGCGUUCAUUGAAAUGCCACAAAUGGUUUCCAUCAGAGUAUUUGAACCUAGUUCUGCUGGUCACAACGUUGUCCAUUAAGGGUCCUUCUCUGAGCCCAUUGUCCCAUUAAUGGAUGAUCAGCCAUGAUCAUAUUGAAUGGCGGUGCAGGCUCGAAGGGCCGAAUGGCCCACUCCUGCACCUUGUUUCUAUGUUCUAUGUCUCUAUUAACCUGUCCUGGCAAUCUUCUCUUCUUUCCUGCCCAUAUUCCAUGUUUCAAAUGUUAUCUGUAGAAGGGUCUCGGCCAGAAACGUCGCCUAUUUCCUUCGCUCCAUAGAUGCUGCUGCACCCGCUGAGUUUCUCUGGCAUUUCUGUCUACUUUCAAAUGUUGUCGUUGUCCGUCCUGAAAAGGACGCAGGCUUCCGGCGACACUCAGUGGGAAGCCGUCACUUGUCCCCAUAGAUGAUGGUGGCAGCAAGAUCAGCUCCGGGGUACCUCCGGUUACCAGCCCCACGUUGUGGGCGCUUCCGCUGUGGGGCCUCCUGGUAAUAAUGUGUAGGAAAGAACUGCAGGUCGGCACAAGAUGCCGGAGUAACUCAGCGGGUCGGGCAGCAUCUCUGGAGAAAUGGGAUGGGUGAUGUUUCGGGUCGACACCCUUCUUCAGACCUGCUGAUUUACUCCAGCAUUUUGUGACUCCUGUUUAAACCAGCAUCUGCACGUCCUUCCUACAGGAAGAACUGCAGAUGUCGGCCAUUUUGAGUCCUCUUAGUAAUAAUUUGAACACAAGAGGUGUAAGAUAGGUGGGUGCUUCCGAAUGAACCAACCCCAUCUCCCACACUGUUGUAUUCCGGGGCACUAGAUCCCCCUGGGACCCUCCCUGAGGAAACCUUCAUUUGGAGACAGAGCCCUCUAGUCAUGACUGCAGGACACAACACACACACAUCAACAAACUGUGUGAGUUUCCAGCCCUAAACAAUGAACCGAUUUUGCCCAAAUCUUUUCCAGAUCUCUCCAGAAUAAAUCCGUUUUUUUUCUCCCUACCCCCCUCCCUCAAUAGUCACUCCUUUUUCCAUUUAAGCUGCUAUUUUUUUCAAAUGGAUUAAAUGUUCCUAAGUGAACAUGGGAGUUUUGUAAUCUUGGUUGAACUUCACCUGAAUGUAUCUGCACUUGUUGCCCUUUUAAAGAAAGAGGGAGAGAAAGGGGGCGGGGGAAGAUACAUGUUACAUUGUGUAAAGAUUUUUUUUCCAAAAAUAUUAUGUCGCACAGCGGUAGAGUUGCUGCCUUACAGGGUUUACAGCGCCAGAGACCUGGGUUUGAACGUUCUCCCCGUGACCCGCGUGGGUUUUCCCCGGGUGCUCCGGUUUCCUCCCGCACUCCUAAUUGGGAACUUCCUAGUGCGUGUGGGAUUGUGGGGAUCGCUGGUCGGCGCGGACCCUGCGGAGGACCUGUUUCCCUGCUGCAUCUCCAAACUAAACUAAACUAGAUUAUGAUUCCUCCUCCCUCCCCAUCCCAUUCCCAGAUAAAUCUGGCAGAUUUGGAGAGCGGUGUUCCAGAUCGGAAUCUUAAACACACUGGUCCCGGCCAAGCAAGGCUGGUGAAGUAUUUACCCGAGGCUGCAAUGGCCUUUGUAUUAUCGUCCCUGAUCUGCCCCCAACUUUCCCUGCCGCAGAGCAGUUGAUGUUGGAGGUGGAGGCGUUGUGUGCGGUUGGCCGGGUGUGUUAUUGAGGGUAGAUAUAGAGUCAUUGUGUGACUCACUCCUCUCACCCCUGCAAAUGCCCGCUGCCAACACUGAAUGCCCGGAAAGGAGAGAGUUCCCCUGCCAACUAAAACAGCUUUCAACUUCAACACGUCCACCAGACGGUUUAAUGACUGUUUGCUUUUCUCACU